GGCAGCAGCAGUGAUGAAGACAUGGUGGAGGUUGCAGGGGGGGUGCUGGAUUUCUCCAUGGCUGAUGACGUUCCUCCUCUGGACAGAGAGGCGAUGGAAGCGGGUUUUCUGCUCCGAGCAAUCCCAAGCAAGGAAAGGUAAUGGGGCCACCCAACCCAAUUAUCUUUUCCUGCCCAUUAGAAUAGGAGUGAGUUUUAGCAAGGGUUGGGGCAGACAUCUAGAGUGAAAAUAUCUGAGCCUGAACAGCGAGGCAUCCUGUCACCUCUGAUGGAAUUAAUACCACGUAAUUGUAUCCGUUAUGCGAUGACAUCCUGAUGCCCAUCUUUGAAGCAGUGAUUGUGGCUUCUUGUGUGUGCCCGUGGGCUCCAGUGGAAAGGAAAGCUGGAGUUUGGAAGGCAGCAGGAAAGGUGUGACUGCUUGCCUGCCCCCCCACCCCCUGCCCCCCGGGACGAAGGGCUGUCAGCAGCCAGGUCUCAUUUUAAUAACCUGCCAUGGAGGGUGGUCUUAGUCUUGGCUCCAAGUGAAGUGAAGUUUGGGCAGUUUUUCUGCAGCCAUUUUAUCAGUCCUCCCCUCCGUCUCCCUGGGAAGCUGCUUAAAGAUUAACUUGCCCCGUCGUCGCCUUCUGAAACGCCUUUGUUCUCCUGGGACUUUGCAUUCCGUCCUGUGGGGACGCGAAGGAGGUAAGCGGCGUCUCGCGAUCCCCGGCAGGCUUCUCCUCGUACAAUGGAGGCGGGAUGAAUGGGGCCAGGCAGGUGAUGGACUUCCUGGAGGUGCCUCUCCCCGGCGUGGGGACAUACGAAGACUUCAACACCAUUGACUGGGUGCGCGAGAAGUCUCGGGACCGAGACAGGCAUCGAGAGAUCGCCAACAGGAGCAAAGAAUCCACGUGGGCCUUGGUGCACAGCGUCAGCGACGCUUUCUCGGGGUGGCUGCUGAUGCUGUUCAUCGGCUUGUUUGCAGGGGCAUUGGCUGGCAUGAUCGACAUAAGCGCCCACUGGAUGACAGACCUGAAGGAGGGGGUCUGCCUGAAUGGCUUCUGGUACAACCACGAGCACUGCUGCUGGAACUCGCCCGAGACGACCUUCCAGGACAGGGACAAGUGCCCGGAGUGGAGGACCUGGGCCCAGCUGCUGACCGGCAGAGAGGAAGGGGGAGCGCUUAGCUACGCCCUCAACUACUUCAUCUACGUCCUUUGGGCGCUGCUCUUCUCCUUCCUGGCUGUUUUGCUUGUCCGGGGCUUUGCGCCAUACGCCUGUGGCUCAGGGAUCCCGGAGAUCAAAACCAUCCUCAGUGGCUUCAUCAUCCGAGGUUACCUGGGCAAGUGGACGCUGCUCAUCAAGACUGUCACCCUGGUGCUGGCCGUCUCGUCAGGCCUGAGCCUGGGGAAGGAGGGUCCCCUGGUCCACGUUGCCUGCUGCUGUGGCAACAUCCUUUGCCACCUCUUCACCAAGUACAGGAAGAACGAGGCCAAGCGCCGGGAGGUGUUGUCGGCUGCUGCGGCUGCUGGCGUGUCGGUGGCCUUUGGCGCGCCCAUCGGAGGCGUUCUGUUCAGUCUAGAAGAGGUGAGCUACUACUUCCCACUCAAGACACUGUGGCGCUCCUUCUUCGCCGCACUGGUGGCGGCCUUCACCCUGCGCUCCAUCAACCCGUUUGGGAACAGCCGCCUGGUGCUCUUCUACGUGGAAUUCCACAGCCCCUGGCACCUGCUGGAGCUGGCGCCUUUUGUCCUGCUGGGCAUCUUUGGGGGGCUCUGGGGGGCCUUCUUCAUCCGCAGUAACAUUGCCUGGUGCCGGCGGCGCAAGACUACCAGGCUGGGCUGGUACCCGGUGGCGGAGGUGAUGGUGGUCACCGGCCUCACCGCCCUGCUGGCCUUUCCCAAUGAAUACACCCGCAUGAGUACCAGCGAGCUGAUCUCGGAGCUCUUCAACGACUGCAGCCUCCUGGACUCCUCCAAGCUCUGCGACUACCUCAGCGCCUCUAACGGCACCAAAGGGGACGACCUGCCCCACCGGGCUGCUGGCGCAGGCGUCCGCACGGCCAUGUGGCAGCUGGUGCUGGCCCUCCUCCUGAAGGUCUUCAUCACCAUCUUCACUUUCGGCAUGAAGGUGCCGUCGGGCCUCUUCAUCCCCAGCAUGGCCGUGGGGGCCAUCGCAGGCCGGCUGCUGGGAGUGGGCAUGGAGCAGCUGGCCUUCUACCACCACGACUGGCUGAUCUUCAAGGGCUGGUGCAGCCAAGGCGCCGACUGCAUCACGCCCGGCCUCUACGCAAUGGUGGGGGCUGCCGCCUGCCUGGGAGGAGUGACGCGCAUGACGGUUUCCCUGGUGGUCAUCAUGUUUGAACUCACGGGAGGGCUGGAGUACAUUGUGCCCCUGAUGGCGGCUGCCAUGACCAGCAAAUGGGUGGCCGAUGCCAUUGGCCGGGAGGGCAUCUAUGACGCCCACAUCCGCCUGAACGGCUACCCCUUCCUGGAGGCCAAGGAGGAGUUCACCCACAAGACUCUGGCCAUGGAUGUCAUGCGGCCGCGGCACAAUGACCCCGCGUUGACCGUCCUCACUCAGGACAGCAUGAGGGUGGAGGACGUGGAGGCCAUCAUCCGUGAGACCACCUACAGCGGCUACCCCGUCGUGGUGUCAAGAGAGUCGCAGCGCCUUGUUGGCUUCGUCCUCAGGCGAGACCUCAUCAUCUCCAUCGAAAGCGCCCGGAAGAAGCAAGAAGGGAUUGUCAGCAGCUCGGUUAUUUAUUUCACGGACCACCACCCCCCGCUACCCCCCUGCUCCCCCUCCAUGCUCAAGCUGCGGAGCAUCCUUGACCUCAGCCCGUUCACUGUGACAGACCAAACUCCCAUGGAAAUCGUGGUGGACAUUUUCCGAAAACUUGGGCUACGCCAGUGCCUCGUCACACACAACGGGAAGCUGCUAGGAAUUAUUACCAAAAAGGAUGUAUUAAAGCACAUAGCACAAAUGGCAAACCAGGAUCCAGACUCCAUAUUGUUCAACUGAAGCCUGGGAGGGGCCGGGAGGUUCCACUCCACCCCACGGAGCCUGGCUGGACGGACCCCGUUUUGCUUCUCUUUUUACUGAGAAUCCAGAGCUGUCUUUGGUUUCUCCGUGUGGAGCAAGUGAUAAUCAUGUUUUAUUUUUUUCUACAAGAUAACCAAUUGCACUAUAUAA